GCGUUGGCCAUUUGCGUAUAGGACUAGAAGGAAGCCAUCGCAACAUCGUCAUUCGACAACUGUUUAUUGCGGAACUAUUUACCGAUCCUGUAUUUUGUGAGUUUUGAGAAAAUGGAGGAUCACUUAGGUCAGGUGUUUGAAAGAAAUUCCGGAGGUCGAGAUGUUGAAAGAGUUAUGGUAUAUCGUGUCCACAAAAAUAAAGAAGAAGCUAUGCUAAAGUUAAAUCAUCCAAACAUCGUCAAACAUUUUCGCUGUGUAAAUGACGACGACUACGUCUUUUAUGAAUUGGAACCGUGUGUCACUUCUUUAGAUCAGCUGUUCCUAGACCCGAAUGAUCCCAAAAAAUACAAAGGACCUAUGCCACAACAUAUCGAUGCUCUGCUUCAAUUGGCUUCUGGUCUCCAGCACAUUCAUUCACAAAAUUUAGUUCACGGAGACAUCCAACCAGAAAAUGUUCUGAUCUCGGUUGAAUCUGGUGGCAAUGAUGAGACAACUCUCAAAUGGGCUAACUUUGAACUGACCAGAAACGUCAGUGAACGAGGAAGAGGGAAUACAAAUAAAGUCGGGAGAAAUAACGCGUGGUUGGCACCCGAGUUGCAAUUAACAAGAAAACGUAAAAGAGACGUAGAAGAAAACAGUUACAUAGAGACCGCCAUGAGCGACGUCUUUGCCCAAGGACUCGUUUUCGGAACUCUUUUCUUGAACGGCGAACAUCUCUACGGAUCCAUGAAAAAUGAAAAAAAAAUUUCCCAAAACAUAAUUAAAGGGAAUCCCAUCAACAUGCAAAAAAUCGAUGGCAAAUUACGCGCUUUUUACGAGAAUGACCUAUUGAAAAAAAUGUUGGAAAGCGACCCUGGUAAAAGGAUGACAUCAACACAAGUCGUUAGUCAACUAAAAGCCAUCAAGGAGAAGCUCGCUGAAAAAGAAAAAGAAUUAAUCCAAUUGUGUGGGCGUGACUCUCAAUCGGAUCUAACGAAAACAAUCAGAAACUUCAUUCCGUUCGGAAUUAAUCUGAACGCAAAGGACGACGAUGGAAGGAAUGCGCUCCAUGCUUUGUGUCAAAACUAUUCCAGCACAAAAUUAACCGACGCCAUUAAACUUCUCAUCGAAAACAAAACCGACGUGAAUGCAAGGGACAACGAUGGAUUGAAUGCAAUUCACUUUUUGUGUCGAUAUCAUUCAAGCCAAAACUUAAUUGAAGCAAUACAAAUCUUGAUUCAAUCCGGAAUCGACGCGAAAGCUACGACCAACGAUGGAUCAAAUGCUCUUCAUUAUUUGUGUCGAUACAAUGCAAGACCCAAUUUAACCGACGCAGUUACAAUUUUUACGGAACUUGGAUUGGAUCUGAUGACAAAGGACAACGACGGAUGGAGUGCGUUUUAUUAUUUACAAAACAAAGAUAAGAAGGAAAUGAAAAUUCGGUUCGACCGCGAUGCUUUACUCGGGCGAGGUGGCUUUGCAUACGUAUUUAAAGGAAAGUUUGGAGGUCGUGAAGUCGCAGUAAAAAGAGUUGAAUUACUUGAAGUCGACGAAAGAGAAGAAGAAGCAAUGCUCAAGUUAGAACAUCCAAACAUCGUCAAACUUCUUCACUAUGAAAAGGACAACGACUUUAUGUACUACGCAUUGGAAUUAUGUGUCGCUUCUUUAGAUCAACUGUUUUUGGAGUUGGAUAAUCGUAAAAAAUACGAUGGACCUAUGCCACGUCAAAUCGUAGUUUUUUCCCAAUUAGCUAAAGGACUGGAAUACAUCCAUUCAAAGAAAUUAAUUUAUCGAGACAUUAAACCGAGUAACAUCCUCAUCAUGAAAAGUCCUGGCAAAAAUGAAGAGAUAAUAAUCAAAUGGUCUGAUUUUGGACUGGCCAAAUCCGUCAAUGAAAAGGGAUUACACUCGUGGACUGGAGUGAGAGGAACCAGAUCUUGGUACGCACCGGAAGUGCUGAAAAAGCUCAUCAAAGAAGAAAAGGCGGAACAGGAAGAGUUUUGGGGCACCGUCCAGAGCGAUGUGUUUGUCCUGGGACUCGUUUUCGGUUAUCUUUUCUUGAAGGGAGAACAUCUUUACGGUUCCAGCGAAACAGAAAUUCACAUAAAUAUAAUUGAAAAAAAUCCGGUGAAUAUGCAAAAAAUUAAUGGCGAAUUGCGCAAAUAUUAUGCAGAUGACUUACUAAUGAAAAUGUUGGAAGACGACCCGCAAAAAAGAAAAACUUCGAAAGAAGUCGUCGAACAACUGGAAUCCAUCAACAAUAAGCUCACUGAAAAAGAAGAAGAAUUGCGUCAACUAUGUCGUCGUGACUCUUCGUCUGGUCUAAUAGAAAAAAUCAACGACUUAAUCCAACUGGGAAUUGAUGUCAAUGCAAAGGACAACGAUGGACGGAAUGCGCUCCAUCAUUUGUGUCGGAACAAUUCAAACUCGAAUUUACUCGACGCAAUUCGACUCUUAAUCCAACUGGGAAUUGAUGUCAAUGCAAAGGACAACGAUGGACAUAAUGCGCUCCAUGAUUUGUGUGAUAACAAUUCAAACUCGAAUUUAACCGACGCAAUUCGACUCUUCAUCCAACUGGGAAUUGAUGCCAAUGCAAAGGACAACGAGGAAUGGAAUGCGCUCCAUUUUUUGUGUGGAAACAAUUCAAACUCGAAUUUAACCGACGCAAUUCGACUCUUAAUCCAACUGGGAAUUGAUGUCAAUGCAAAGGACAACUAUGGACAUAAUGCGCUCCAUCAUUUGUGUCGGAACAAUUCAAACUCGAAUUUACUCGACGCAAUUCGACUCUUAAUCCAACUGGGAAUUGAUGUCAAUGCAAAGGACAACAAGGAAUGGAAUGCGCUCCAUUUUGUGUGUGGAAACAAUUCAAACUCGAAUUUAACCGACGCAAUUCGACUCUUAAUCCAACUGGGAAUUGAUGUCAAUGCAAAGGCCAACUAUGGACAUAAUGCGCUCCAUUUGUUGUGUGGACACAAUUCAAACUCGAAUUUAACCGACGCAAUUCGACUCUUCAUCCAACUGGGAAUUGAUGUCAAUGCAAAGAACAACUAUGGACAUAAUGCGCUCCAUUAUUUGUGUCAGAACAAUUCAAACUCGAAUUUAAUCGACGCAAUUCGACUCUUCAUCCAACUGGGAAUUCCUGUCGUAUCCGACGGCGCCGAUGCACGCUCUAUUUUACGCGAUAAUUUUGGAAUAAAGAACAAGGGCGAAAUCCUAAAACUACUGGACGAAGCAGCUCUCGUUUGAAUCCUGACUCAUUUCCUGGCGAUGCAAUCUCAUCCGCUUAGUCGACGGUGAAAUUAAAAUAGGCGAGUGUCUCAUACCCGAAAUCUUUAACCACUAAAAUUGUCAAAUUUCUCGCUUUCUCGGCUGUAACACACCGACUGAUUGACUUUUCCUUUCAAAAAUACAAAAAUGUGACUGAA